UAUAAGACGAUUUAAAAUUAAAUUAAAACACAUUAAUAAUUUAGUUUACCAAACAUUAACACAGAAAUGUUUAGUAAAAUAAACAUAAUUUGUUUAAUUUUCUUUGCAAUCUAUUCAGUAGAAUGCGAUGAUUUAAAUAAACGUUUGGAUUGUUAUCUGGAAAAUGACUUCAUAGAAAGUAAGUCAGAAUGUGAACAAAGAGGCUGUGUUUGGGACGUGACUUCCAAGAGCUCAGUCAGUCCUCAAUGCUAUUUGAAUACCGAAAAGAUUGGCUAUAAUUUGUCGGGAAAGAGGACCAAAACAGCCACCGGUUUUGAGAUCGAUCUGCAACUCAAAGACACGGCCAAACACUUAUUGAAAUCAAUGUCACAAAUUGACAAAUUAAAACUAAAAAAAAUAUACUCAGAUUUAAGAUCUACGACCCGAAAGACAAGAGAUAUGAAGUUCCCCUUCAGGAGACAUUUCCUUNUUAAGAUCUACGACCCGAAAGACAAGAGAUAUGAAGUUCCCCUUCAGGAGACAUUUCCUUUACUCUUGCAAAAGCCGGUCAUAGACCCGACAUCAGCCAAAUAUUCAGUUGAAUUGAAUGACAAUAACACAGAAUUUAAUUUGGCUGUUGUUAGGAAAGAUACCAAAACAAGAAUUUUUGACACAUCGAUCGGUGGACUUAUAUUCAGCAAUCAAUUGCUGCAAAUGGCCACAUAUUUGCCGACUCAGCACAUCUACGGUUUCGGAGAGAAUACACACCAUUCCCUUAAACACGAUCUCAAUUAUAAGACAUGGAAUCUAUUUUCUCGGGGAGAGGGACCCGACGAAGGAGUCAUCAACCUGUAUGGCGUCCAUCCCUUUUAUACAGGUCUUGAAUCUGACGGCAAAUCUCAUGGAAUUCUGUUUCUCAACAGCAAUGCAAUGGAGUAUACACUAAUGCCAGAGCCGGCGCUGUCACUGAAGACAAUCGGAGGUGUAUUAGACUUCUUCGUGUUUGUGGGCAAUAAUCCCGAACACGUGAUCCAAUUGUAUACACAACUCAUUGGACGACCAUUUCUACCGCCCUUCUGGUCACUUGGCUUUCAAAUAACUCGUUAUGGAUUCAAAAACACAGCUAAUGUUAAGGAAGUUCUUGACAGGAAUAUAGAGGCAAAAGUGCCACUGGACGUCACUUAUAUAGACAUUGAUUAUAUGAAUGAAUUUCAAGAUUUUACAUAUGCUCAAGAUAAUUUUUCUGGUUUACCACAAUUGAUGUCAUCGCUUAAGAAAGACCACGACAUUCAUACCACUCUGAUCUUGGAUCCGGCCAUUCAGGGCAAUGAUAGCAAUUAUGGCGCCUUUUGGGACGGCUAUGAAAACGAUGUGUACGUAAAAUGGCCUAAAUAUGUGAACACAAGCCAACAGCACAAUCCGGACGGUGUGAGGACUGAUAAGUCAGUCCUGUAUGGAAAGGUAUGGCCUUACGGACCGGCAGCCUUUCCUGACUUCUUUAAGGAUGCCACUAAAAAAUGGUGGACUAAAUGGAUUAGAUAUAUGUAUACAGAUUUGGAUCUUAAAGCCGUACAAGAGAUCACUGGAAAGAGAGGUUAUGUACUCUCGCGAUCCACUUAUGUAUCUUCGGGUAGAUAUACAGCCCACUGGACGGGCGAUAACAUCGCGAGCUUUAGUCAAAUGAGAGACUCUAUUAUCGGUGUCUUGGAGUUCAAUAUGUUUGGACUCAACUUUUAUAUCAUAUACCGUAUCUAUAAUUGCGUUAAUGAAUCCAAAUGGGUGUUUGUGGCACAGGUUGGCUCAGAUAUCUGUGGAUUCUUUCAUAACACGACUCAUGAGUUAUGUCGCCGUUGGCUACAAGUGGGGGCUUUCUAUCCAUUCAGUCGCAGCCAUAACGAGAUAAAUUCAAAUGACCAGGACCCGGCUGUUUGGAUCAUAAAUGGUCACCCAGAAGUCACACAAGCCUCCAUUAAUUCACUAAAUCUACGCUACACUCUAUUGCCGUAUUUAUAUACACUGUUCUAUAGGGGACACACCAUUGGCGAGACAGUGGCCCGACCCGUGUUUCACGAGUUCCCUACCGAUAAGAAUACGUACGAUAUUCAGGAACAGUUUAUGUGGGGUCGCUCUGUACUCAUCACUCCUUUCCUUUAUGAGGGCAAAACCCAAAGGGAGGCCUAUAUUCCGAACGACAUUUGGUAUGAGAGUUGGCCACAAAUAGUGAAAGUGAAAGACACGGGAAAGUUAGUAGUCAUCAAAGAGAAGAGCCUAACGGCUCCCCCACCCGUCCACUUGAGGGGCGGAUCUAUAAUCCCGAUGAGUGUGAAGACUGAACACAAGAACACUAAUACUGUGCGACAAUCGGCCAUCAAUUUGGUUGUAUUACCGGAUCAGUCAAAGCGAGGUUCAGGUGAUCUGUUUUGGGACGACGGAGAGUCCAUCGAUACCAUUGGGAACGGAGUCUAUAAUUACUAUACCUUUGAAUUGUUGGACAACUGUUCCGUUGUAUUGAAUGUUAAACAUAAUAACUAUACAAAUGUACCGAUUGUUGAAGAGAUUAGAGUUUAUGACACAACUGGUGGAACGGAAGUUUAUGACACAACUGGCGGACAAAUCACAGCUACUAUUGAUGGCAAGAGUACCGGUGCUGUUGUCGAUAAGGACGGUUCGGCUCGUAUUCACACUAAUUUAGACCUGAAGGCUAAAAAGGCUGGCGAGCAAUGGGUUAUCAGUUGGACAGACACUUCAAAGAAAUGCAAUUUAAAC